AAUUCGUAGCCAUUUGAGAAAUAUUUUUUUCCUCUGAACAAACAUUUUCCCCCAGGUCUUGUGCACUAUCUAGGGUGUAAUAAAAAUAGAAGGGCUUCAAAUAGAACAAACAGUCAAGCCAAUUAUUUUAAAGCUUUGUAUGUAUUACGGAUCAGAAUUCGGUUGUGUUUAUAAUAUAUAUCUUGACAACUAUGUCUCACAUGUUGCAGAUUGGUCGAUCGCUUGAGGUGAAGUUCUAAAUAAAUAACUGUGGCUUUGAGACUAAAGUAAUGGAGGCAUUUCCUGAGUGUGAGAACAUGACAGACAGCCUAUUAACUGAAAACUCAAACAACUGUCUAUAUGAGACAUCGAACGAGACUAGAAUAAUAUGUAAGAUUUUACUCAAGAUGUUCUUAUGUAGUUUUAUCUAACGUCCCAUCACUGGAGGCAAACAGUACUUACACAGUUUAUCAAAGAUUAUGAGGUGUCCGUGUGACAGGUGACAUGCUAAUUUGGUGAUGCAUAAGAAUAAAUUCAUAUAUUUGUGUGAAAAAAAGUAUCUUUGGAUGGAAAAAUUUAGAGCUCCGUUUAAAAAAUAUUUGAUUUAAGAAUUAAUGGAAAAAUUCUUCUUUUUUUAUGGAUUUCAGCAAGACCUCAAUUAUAAGUAAAUUUGAAGUAAAUUAUCCCCCAUUUCUUUCUUAAUGCAAAAAUAUUUAAUAACCCUUGUCCAUGGUAAUAGUACACACUACAAGACCAUGCUAGAAAAAUGCUGGAGUACAACACAAUUGUAUUUAAUUGACCUUCUCUAAUUUCUGUACCAAAAUGUCAUGCUUUCCUAGCAACCUCCCAGUGUUGAAUUUAAAUCAAACUGGGCACAAAUCUACAUGUCACCAGUUAAUACAACACUGAUUGAGUCCAUAUACAUUUACUACUUUAACAAUGAAUUUCAAACACUAAGAGUUUAUUCACCAUGGUAUCUCCAGUGGCAACUGCCCGUGUGGCAGCGCUGAGAAUAAUCAGGUUUAUUCAGUCUUUAGCCAUUGAGCUUUGAGCCAACGGAAAGCUCACCUGUGUAUUAAUAAUGCAUUACAGCAGUCCUAUCUGUCAGAUCCAGUCAGUCAUCCACGGUGUGCACAGGCAUGGUGGGAUCUGGGUUACUCUGAAGAUACUGCAAGAUUGUGACUGAUUUGUUUUUGCCUGACAAACAUGGAGCUUAUCGGUUCAACACAACUGGCCACAUACACACGGCCCAAGACCAGUAACUUCCUGCCAGCCAUCUCCAUAACAGCAUCCAGCUACAAAAACCUCCAGCCGACCCUCACCACCAACCAGAACUCUAACUGGAGGACUAACAUGUACUUCAGGAGUGGGAGUGCUAUUCCAUCCAUCCUGCCCAUAUCUCAAAGAGAAAACCUGGAUCUGGUUCGGGCUAAGACUAUGUUCUACCCAUCCAACAGGACUUCACUAAUGACACGCUAUACACCAGAUGACUGGUACAAAUCCAACCAGAACAACUACCGAGAUUCAGAAUCCAACAGGAAGAGUGCAGAGCGGCUGAGGAAGGACACGAUCCGGUUGAUCCAGGAUCGGGAUCAGUGCACACGCAGGAGUCAGGAGAACACCAGCAGGAACCUGGGGGAGAGGUUAAACGAUAUCAGCUUCUGGAGGUCUGAGCUGGGCCACGAGAUUGACAAUAUGGUGACGGAGAUAGCAGCACUGAUGGAGGUGAAAAGAAGACUGGAGAGAGCGCUUGCUGAAACCGAGGGGCCACUGCAGGUGUCUCAGGAAUGCUUGUUUCAUCGAGAGAAGAGGAUGUCCAUCGACCUGGUACAUGAUGAUGUUGAAAAAGACCUGAUCAAGGAAGUGGAGGUGAUAAAGUCGUGUCAAGAGAGAAUGAGAAGGAACUUGGACAAAGCCUUUGCACAGCUGGCAUCAAAUCGAUCAGCACAGCAUGAACUGGAAAGAGAUUUAAACGAUAAGGUCACAGCUCAGCGUAUAGACGACAGGUGUCAUCAGAUGCGAAACACCUCGGACGGCAUCAGCUACUACCGAGGCAUCGAGCGCCUUGAUCCCUCUCUGAGCUUGCCUGACUCGUGGUCAAAGUUCACCGAUGACAACAUCCUGCACUCUCAGAGUCAGCGUGCGGCGUCACACAAGCUCCGCGACGAGAUCGAGGUUCUGCUCAACAUCACCUCCAACGAGAUGUGGAACCAGUUCAACACUGUCAACGUCUCCUUCACCAACCGCAUCUCUGAAAUGGCAGAUACCAAGAACAGCCUACAGGCUCACUUGGCCAAGACCCUUCAGGAGAUCUACCAGACUGAGAUGCUCAUUGACACCUUGAAAAAGGCAAUUCGUGAUAAGGAGAACCCUCUGAAAGUGGCUCAGACCCGUCUGGAGGAGAGAACCCGUAGACCCAAUGUGGAACUCUGCAGAGACAGCCCAUAUCAUAGGUUGGUGAGUGAAGUGAGGGAGAUUGAGGACACGAUUCAUACUCUGAAGGAGCGGCUAAUGGAGGCUGAAAACACUCUGCAGAACCUGGUGAAGACCAAAGUGGCUCUGGAGCAUGACCUCUCCAUCAAGGCCAACUCACUCUUCCUUGAUCAGGAGAAAUGCAUGAGCAUGAGGAAGAGUUUUCCCAGCACCCCACGCCUGGUGGGAUAUACUUAGAGUCCAGAAUUAUUUUCAUGUUAUUACAGCUCUGGUUUUCUAGAUCCAAGAUGUCGAAAACAUAAAGAAUUUAUUACACCUGUUUGUAGCUUCAAAAUAAUACAUUUGCUUAAAAUCAUUUUACAUAUAACAGAUUAAAAUAAAAGUAUUUCUGAUGAGGAACAUAGAUAGUCUACAAUCACCAAUCAAUUCAUCUAUCAUCUAUAAAUCAUCAUAGAAUCAAAGCUCGAAAAUAUUAAGCAAAGUAUGUGCAAAGUAUGUCCAAUAUCCAAGGGGAUGGAAAUAGAGAACAAUACUCAGCCUAAAAGAGAACCUUGAGCAGAUACAAACUGGUAACAAUUUAAGUUCACAACUUGUUAAAUAAGUAAACUUGCUGAGAGUUUUUCUGCUUAUAUUGACUUUCCUUGGCCAUCCUCAGAAUCAACUGACUGUGGUGUGAGAUUGUCUCAUUACGCUUAGACGUUUGCUUUGUUAAGGCACUGUAAACAUGUGAAUGGUGCUAAUCACCUCACCUCACCUGUAGGUCUGAUGUAAAAAAAAAAAAAGAUAUCCUGUUGUACCUAAAUAACUGGACUCCCAAUUUGUCCUUUAUAAACAUAUUUGAUGCUAAUCUUGUCUUGGUUCCUCCUGCUACAGUACCAUAUAAACUAGAAAAGCUAGUUUAUUAGCAACACAUACUAACAAGUUUAUAAUCUAAGACUAUUUCAUUCUUUCUAUUAAAAUCUGUUUAAACCUA